GGAUCGAAAUACGGGCGAAAAAUAGGGGAAGCGAGCCGUGUACGGAUGGACACGAGAUCCCUGCCUGGUGGAAAUAUAGUAAGCAAUCAUUGAAUAAAAUGACCACUGCUGCGAGACCCACGUUUGAACCUGCUAGAGGAGGACAAGGACGCGGUGAAAAAGAUUUAAGUGCUAUAUCAAAACAAUAUAGCAGCAGAGAUUUACCGUCUCACACGAAACUUAAAUACAGAGAACAUGGACAGGGAACGAUAGAAGAACUCCGGAGCCGUGAUUUUCGGAAGGAGUUGGAAGAACGUGAACGUGAAAGGGAAAAGGACAAGAGCUCUAGCCGGCGUAUGAUAGAAGCACCUCGUGAUAGUUCCACGACUAGUGCUAAGAGACAAAAACUCGAUCAAGUGCCUACCGCGAGUUUAGAUGCAGAUGAUCCUCUUGACGAUGACGACUCUGAAUCAGAGAGCGACGAGGAUGAUACUGCUGCACUUUUAGCUGAAUUGCAACGUAUAAAAAAAGAAAGAGCAGCAGAACAAGCUAAAAAGGAAAUGGAGAAACGGCAGGAGGAGGAAAGAAUCCGAAUGGAAAAUAUUCUUUCUGGUAAUCCUCUGCUAAAUUAUUCUUCACAAAGUGGAAGAACAGAUAUGAAAGUCAGACGGCGAUGGGAUGAUGAUGUCGUAUUCAAAAAUUGUGCUCGUUCGGAACCGAAACAAAAACAUGAUGUAUUCAUAAACGAUUCAUUAAGAAGCGAGUUUCACCGUAAAUUCAUGGAAAAAUACGUUAAGUGAAUAAAUUCUCACGAACAUUAUAUAUUAUGUUUGUAAAUAGUUUUAAGUUAAUACUGACAUAUUAUUUGUAAAGUAUCGUACAAUAGGAAGUAACAAAGGAGUUAUUAUUCCAAAUUCAAGUUGUGACUCCAUGAGAUAAUUGACUGUAUAAACACAGAGAUUAUUAAGCUA